AGUGAGUGCUGAAACUGAAGUGGUUAAGUAAGUGCAGAAAUACCGUCAACAUUAUAGUCAGGAUGUUCAACCUGUACCAACAUAUGAAGGCUAACAAUGAAGGGAAAGAACAGAAAGAGCCAGAGACAACUGGUCAUGAUCGAUUCUACCAGGAGCGGCACAGGUCCAGUUAUAAGAAGAAAAAACGCCGGUGUCGAAGAGCGCAGUCGGCUGCGGAGUUGAACCCUGACUUGAUUGUUGCCGCAAAUGCUAAAAGGAAUGCCUUCAAGACUCGUUCAGUGUCCACUGAUAAAGAAGAGAGUGAAGAAGAGAACUCUGACCGCACCCCGUUGGUCGCGCAGAAGAUAGACUCGCUAGCCAAGCUCUUUAAUAAAUCAAUUAUGGGCUCCGGUUCUGGAAAGAAUUCGCCAACUGAGGCAAAAUAUCCAGACAGCCCCAUAGAGAGUGGCAUCGCAAUGGUCAUAUGCUCAGAAUAUCUAUCCAGAACACCCAGGUAUACGCUGUUAAAAUCAUUAAAUCAAAUAGGAUACCGCACCAAUAAGCAUUGGUUUACCAUACAAGAUAACACUAUUAAAACUGAGAGGCUCCUAACUGUGAUGCCGUUAACCAGCCAAUGUCCCAUAGAACCCUCAGAACGAACGCAGGGUCUGAUAAUGGAACUCUUUCGAGGUCUUCACCAUCCAUACAUAUAUCCCGUCUUGGAUCUCGAGUUGUGUAACGGCCACGCUCUUGUGGUCACGCCCUUUAAUUCAACUGGGAGUUUGAAGGAUUUAAUUUAUAAGAGUACAUGGAGCGACGAAUACGUAAAGAAAUACACGCCAGCUGGAACAGGCCUUCCAGCAUCACAGGUCGCCCGUUUCGGAAGGCAAAUACUGGAGGCGCUACUAUUCCUUAAAGACAAGGGAUUUCCACCAUUCAAACACUUGCACUCCGGGAAUGUUAUUGUUCAAAAUGGUGUAGCGAGAAUCUGUGGUCUAGAAAACAAGAUGAUAGGAGCAACGGGGCGUAGCCCUACAUCAGUACCUUUCCCUGAAACAUUAGCCCUCGGUCACGUGAUGUUCGAGAUGUGUGCCGGGACUGAAACCGAUUUUUCCUUACUGCCAGAUUUGCAGGCUAAUUAUCCACAAGUGGUGGAAAUAAUUGAAAUAAUAUUUGGCCCGCGUACUCCAAACCUGCAUGAAUUGCUAAUCACGGAACUAUUUAGAAAAAUUGACCUCCGAGAAAUGAAGGGACCCUGUCUACCUAGCUUCAAUCAACGCCUCUCAAAUUCUUGUUUAUCGCUGCUUAACGACGUAUCUCGCCAUACUCCAGACUUCGGUGAUAGUCCAAACGAGCCUUAUCCACAAACGCGGGGAGACUACACACCACCGCGACUGGUAUCACCCAGUUCCCCACCACGCAGACGUCACUACUUCCAUCAUCAAGAUUCCACGGACUCCUGGCCGUGGUGAUACGUUACUCUAUGCUUAUCAUGUUAAUCUUAUGUUAUUAUUAAGAAUAUAAUCUUUAUUGUG